GUCCGUCAGAUCUCACACGCACACGGAAGGAAAACCGGAGGAGAAAACACAGCGACACUGUCCAUCCUCCGUCCACAAAGCUCGCUCCUUUGUCCUCCCCAUCCCCCCAAUCACGCCCGCGAAUCGUGCCACGCACGGAAGCGAGCGAGCGAGCCAAUCCGAUCCGAGCCCGCGCGGCGGCGGCGGCGCGAUGAGCUUCCGGGACGAGAGCGGCGGGGAGGACGGCAGCGGGGGCCGGUCGUCCUCGGCGUCCGACCUGCGCAAGCCCUUCCUGCACACGGGCAGCUGGUACAGGAUGUCCGCGGCCGGCGGCGGCGCCAUGGACCGCCUCGGCUCCUCCGCCUACGGCCUCCGCGACAGCUCCAUCUCCGCCCUGCUCUGCACCCUCAUCGUCGCGCUCGGCCCCAUCCAGUUCGGCUUCACCUGCGGCUACUCCUCGCCCACCCAGGACGCCAUCAUGGCCGACCUCGGCCUCACCCUCUCCGAGUUCUCUUUAUUCGGAUCCCUGUCCAACGUCGGGGCCAUGGUGGGCGCCAUUGCCAGUGGCCAGAUCGCCGAGUACAUCGGCCGUAAAGGGUCUCUGAUGAUCGCCGCGAUCCCGAACAUCAUUGGGUGGCUUGCAAUAUCAUUUGCAAAUGAUUCCUCAUUCUUGUUCAUGGGCCGUUUGCUGGAAGGAUUUGGGGUCGGUGUGAUAUCCUACACGGUGCCAGUUUAUAUAGCAGAAAUUGCUCCACAAAACAUGAGAGGAGCUCUUGGUUCGGUCAAUCAGCUCUCUGUUACAAUCGGUAUAUUGCUUGCCUACACAUUAGGCAUGUUUGUUCCCUGGAGAAUUCUUUCUGUUCUUGGCAUUUUACCUUGCUCAAUCCUGAUACCUGGGCUGUUCUUCAUCCCUGAAUCACCAAGGUGGCUGGCAAAAAUGGGAAAGAUAGAAGAUUUUGAAUCUUCGCUGCAGGUCCUGCGCGGAUUUGAAACUGAUAUCUCAGCAGAAGUAAAUGAAAUAAAGAGAUCAGUUGCCUCAUCUAGGAGGAGGACAACCAUACGAUUUGCAGAGAUCAAACACAAGAGAUAUAGUGUUCCUCUUAUGAUAGGAAUUGGUCUCCUUAUACUUCAGCAACUAAGUGGUGUCAACGGCAUUUUCUUCUAUGCUGCAAGUAUCUUCAAAGCUGCUGGUCUUAAAAAUAGUAAUCUAGCAACAUGUGGUUUGGGGGCUGUUCAGGUGGUUGCUACUGGAAUAACAACCUGGUUGACUGACAAAGCUGGUCGACGGCUACUUCUCAUUAUCUCUGCUACAGGGAUGACAAUCAGUCUUCUCGUUGUUUCUGUGUCAUUUUUUGUGAAGGACAACAUAGAGGAAGCUUCUCAUUUACACUUUGUGAUGAGUAUGCUUUCACUGGCUGGACUUGUGGCAUUUGUGCUUGCAUUUUCCCUUGGCAUGGGAGCCAUCCCAUGGAUUAUAAUGUCUGAGAUUCUUCCUGUUAACAUCAAGAGCCUUGCCGGAAGCACCGCCACCCUUGCAAACUGGAUGACGUCGUGGCUCAUCACGAUGACCGCGAGCUUGAUGCUAAACUGGAGCAACGGAGGAACCUUUGCUAUAUACGCCGCGGUGUCCAUGGGCACCCUCCUCUUUGUGUGCCUGUGUGUGCCGGAGACCAAGGGAAGGACCCUGGAAGAGAUCGCGUUCUCGUUCCGCUGAAGCCCGGAACCACGGCGCGUAGGGUAGACAGGCAGGCAGGCGGGCGUUGUGCUACAUGAUGGCUGUUUCGGGUCAGGCCUCGGGGCCUGGAUCAGGUAGUCGCGCAGCCGUGUUUUUUGCAGGAGGGAUAUUUGUAUCAUGUGUUUGUGUAAUAGUGUACUAUCAGUGUACCAUUUGUGUAUGCGCAAUAGAAUGGGGGAGGGGUGGAAUGUAGCAAGGGACAGACAGGUCACCCAGCCCCUUUUGCAGGCAGUCAGUCAGUCAGGGGAGUGUGCAGUCAGUAGAAGAGCAAUUUGGUGGUCAGUACAUUGGGUUUCAUAUAUACAGCAGCAGCUGUGGCCAAAGGAAUAAUUCAGAUGUAAUGUCAAACAAUAAAUUUUGAGCUAGUUUCAGUGUGCUGCAUUA